GACCGGCCAGCCAAAGCCAGCCAACGGUUCCCAUCUAUGAUCACCACCAAGGUGGCAGGGCAGGUUAUCUUUGAUGCCAACUUGCCAACUUGCCACCUGCCACACCAUUUACAUCAGGCUCGGUCCGCUAUUAAGCCGAGAUAUGGAUUCUGGAGGGUCGAUGGCUCUCAUGACGCAUGCAUCCACGCAUAUCCUGAUAGUCAACCGCCAUGCAGACACAUGGCACACCUUGCAUGCCACCCGUUCGCUUGGCGCAAACGACUGAUAGAAACCAUCAUGCAGAGCGGAAAACGCUCAAUAUUCACCCAUCGUAAGCUCUUGGUGAAUCGACCGUCACAAGACUUGCUUCCGCCCACCGACAUUCAACCGGCGCCCAUGCACGUUUAUGAUGCCCACUUUGCCAGAGUUCAAUCAGGCGCGUAUUUCUCGCAGAGUCAUCGAAAUAAUGCUAGCAGACAAAACACCAUUAUAUCGACUCCACAGAGUUCAUGUGACGAGUUGCUACAGGGUAUAGUCAACAUGAAACUCGAUGAUUUUUCUGUACAUGAAGACGCAGAGACAUGCGACGGAUGUGGACGUAUCUGGCCAGCUGAUGAACUUCGAACCCAUAUUCCGAACUGCUCACGACGUGUUUCAAACCUUGGAUUGCUUCUCUGCUACGCUGCACUGAACUCAAAUUAGUCCCUGUCGCCCAAGUCUAUUUGACUAGAUCAACAUCGCGUUGAGUACACUGCUAUUCCAUCGUUGUUGGUGGUCGUGUGACAGUAGGCAACAGUUGCAUUUUCAAACUGACCGCCUCGCCUCGCCUCAAAGUGCCUCAAAGGUGCUUUGUAUGAAACGUUGAGGU